ACUCAGCCUAAAUCAGCAUUAAUCUGUCUCUGGCCAGCUCUCAGCCAGACGGCCCCUAGAGCUAAGAACUCCCUGCUGGAGGAGCCGCCCUCGGGUGAGGAGGAAGAGUCCCAAACCGGCCUCUCUUCUAAGGGAGAGGAGUGAAAUCCACCUCCCUGCUACCCUGGGAGCUGGGAGAGCCAUGUCCAAAGGGAAGGUCUGCCUGGUGCUGCUGCUGCUUGUAGGGGCCCUGGUUGCUGUGGUGGUUCUUGCUGUCUUUCUCACUCGACCCUCCUGCACCCCUGGGCUCUACCUGGAUGCUGCAGUAGCAGCCGACACCCAGACCUGCUCCAACAUCGGCAGAGACAUCCUGAAACAUGGUGGCUCGGCUGUGGAUGCUGCAAUUGCUGCGUUGAUCUGCUCCUCUGUUUUAAACCCCCAGAGUUCGGGUCUGGGGGGCGGGGUCAUAUUUACCAUCUACAAUGCCACCACAGGAGACGUUGAAGUGAUUAACGCUCGUGAGCGUGUCCCACUGGUUUUCACCAAAAACCUCCUGGCUGGAUGUGAAGACUCCUUCCCAACAGGGAGCCAAUGGAUUGGAAUCCCUGGAGAACUUCGUGGGUAUGAAGAAGCGCACAGGCGUUAUGGCCGGUUGCCAUGGAAAUCGUUGUUUGACCCAACCAUUGAACUCCUUCAGCAUGGAAUCAUCAUCCCUCCAGUUCUGAGCAUGUUUCUCAAUCAUCCUAUUUUAAAGAAAAAAACUAAAGAGUCUGCCUUAUGCAGCCAACUGUUCUGUAAGGAUGGAAAAUUCCUAAUGGCUGGGGAAACUUUCCAUUGGCCAGCCCUGAAGAAAACGCUGACUGAAGUGUCUUUGAAAGGCGCCAAGGAAUUCUACGAAGGCCAGACAGCAAAACUGCUGGAGGCUGACAUAAGAAGAGCAGGUGGCAGUCUGACCAGCAGUGACCUCCGCGGAUUCAAGGCAGAAGUGACACAACCCUUGAAUAUUUCUCUAGGCAAUUACACAAUAUAUUCUCCACCACCACCUGCAGGAGGUUUUGUUCUCUUAUUAAUCCUCAACAUAUUGAAAGGGUUUGAAUUCACUGCACAGUCUGUGGAGACACCCAGUAGGAAGAUUGAGACCUACCAUCGUAUUGUUGAGGCCAUGAAGUUUGGCAAUGGGCAGAAGCCCAAACUGGAUGACCCAGAUAUCUCUGGUGUAGAAAAGGCAGAGAUUCAGAAACUCCUGUCUGAUGAUUUUGCUGAAGAGGCCAGGAGGCGAAUAACGGAGAAAGGUAACCAUGGGGCCGAGUACUAUAACAUCGUGCCAUCAGGAAAAGAAAGCCAUGGUACCACCCAUGUCUCUGUCAUCGCAAAAGAUGGUAGUGCUGUGUCUGCCACCAGCACCAUCAACUACCCGUUUGGCUCGAUGAUCUAUUCUAAUAAUACUGGAAUCAUCUUAAAUAAUGAACUUGCUGACUUCUGCCGGAAGAAGCUAAAAAGCUUUUCUUCAGGAGAGAGACCACCCUCUGCUAUGGUUCCAUCCAUUCUUCUCUCCAAAGACAAGAAAUCUAUGCUGGUGAUUGGCGGCUCAGGUGGGGAACUGAUUAUCAGCGCUACUGCCUUGGCCAUUAUAAACAAACUUUGGUUUGGCUAUGACCUCAAGAAAGCCAUUGACGAGCACAUUUUCCACGUUAACACCACCAGCAUCCAGUUUGAGAAAGGCUUUGAUGAGAAUGUUAAGAAAGGAUUACUAGAAAAAGGACACAGUGACCAGCAAAAUCCUCUGAUGCUUAAUGUUGUGCAGGGGGUUUCAAGAGAAGAGAGGUGCAUCUCUGCCUAUUCUGAUAAAAGGAAGAUGGGGAAGGCAGCUGGCUAUUAGCACAGGAUCCAGCCCAGCCCUGGAUUCAGCACAUGUGAUUGUGGAUACACCGGACAUCUCCUGUACUUGUCAGACCUCAAGGCCACCUAGCAAGGUGCAUGGGUGAGACGCACAGUAACAAUCAACUUGGCAACAUGCUGCAAACUAUCUUUGGGAUGUACAGGUCAAAGCAACCAGUCUUGGCUUGAAUCAUACCCUUCCAUCCAUCCUAUCUGAGGUUGGCCCUGGGGCAGUAGGGACAGGAACAAGACUUGUCUGAUACUGAAAAAAAUGGUUUGUGAGCAGAGCAGCUAUUUAGAACAAGACUAUGGAACCAGACCAUGACUGAGCCACACAUGCGUAGAAAGGGAGAGCAGGCCAAAAGCCACGGGGGGGAGGGGUGCAGCUGGCAGGUGGGCUGUAGGAGACAGCAGGGGGCUGGAUGCUUUCAAGUGGGCAGCUCUGUUCACAUGCCAGAAGUAGCUUGUAAAUGUGCUGUUUUUUGGCUGCGCUAUUAAUAUGAAAUAGGUAACUACCUUAUGUACCUUUUUUGGUCAGGUGUGUUUCAGCACCAUUGGGUGCAUCAGCAGAGCUGCAAGCAUGUGUGUACAGGUACAACACCCCCGCCCCCCAGCAAGGGACUAAAUCUAAUCAAACAUUUCAUAUCUAAUCCCCCUCUGCCCUCCCACAAUGCUCCCUGCCCACCCUGGGAAGCCCUUCCUGUAGCCUAAGGUUGUUGCAUGACAUCAGCAUUAUUUUUGGCACAAACCUGGUGCGUCAGCAAAAAAAUGCAGCAUCUGUACAGAUGCCUGCUGCUAUGGUGAAGGGUUGGAGGGGUGAGGGGGGCAGGAAGUGUGCAACUGAGCACAUAGCUAACAACCUGAAACAUUCUUGGGUCUGCCCAAGAACAAGCCCUGUGUUCUUUAAGACAAUGUGAAUGUAGAAGGAGCCAGUACGCUACAGGUAAGCUUGCUCAAGGCUUAUUCCUCAGUCAUGCAGAUGAUUCCCUGCAUGAUUUGCAACAAGGACAUGCCAUGUUACUGCAAAGCAAGUGGCCAGGUGCUACAAAAACCUUUCAAAGUAGACUGCAAGUCAGGAAUGCUGAAGUUUUAACAAGUACCAGGUGAGCCCAUGCUCCUGGGAGCAGUUAUAGGCAAUGUAGCAAUACUGGCUGUUUUUUGGCAUAGUUUUUGUUCUCUCGUAACCUUGGAAAAGUUGUGCCCCAUCUGCACUACCAUAAGUGCCCUACAUUUACCAGAGGAUUUGAACAGAGGGGGAGACCUGCCACAGCCAAGAUAUACUGUGAUUGCAAGGGGGCCAGAACUGUGCUCCUUGAAUAGUACUAGCAAAGGAUGUCAUUCUGCCCAUGUAGUCAGACAACUUCUUUUUUUUUUUGUAUACAUUUUCCGAAAGAAGCUUCUAAAGAGGCAUUGUUUUUUAACUGUGUGUUUGUUUUUAUAAAAUCCCAAAGAGCCAAGUACUCAGGGUGCCUGUAAACCUGCAAGUUUAGUCAUGAUCAUAGGCGUAACUGUCUUCUGUAAGCUAAGUGUACUUGCCUGUAAGUGCCUGGGGGGAAUGGGGCAGUCUUGUAUGUUGAUUCUUAAUGAUCUUGUCCAUUGAACUGAUGGAUCCCUGUUAUUGUCAAAUGCUCAUGCAUGGUUCGCUGUGAUUCUGUUGAUCCAGAGGUCAUCUUGGUGUAUGGGUUGUUCAGCUUGUUUCUUAAAGCAGCUAUGUAGAUUGUGUGUCAGAACUAUCCGAUCAUAUACUGUUUUUUAAAGACACAUUUUAUACCAGUGAAA